AUGUGCGUUUUACCAACGGGAUAUGGAAAAUCUCUGAUCUUCCAUCUUACGCCUGUACUGUUGUUCGCGAAACAUAAAUUGCGCGGUUCUAGUUCGAAAUCGAGUAUUUCAACGGAACAGAUAGAUUCAAUAGUCAUCGUUGUAUCGCCUCUUAAUUCCUUGACGAGUGACCAAAUAUCUCGCUUAAGUACGAGUGGAAUCCGAGCGUCCGUUUUGAAUGUGAAAGAGCCGAGAAGUCGGGAACUUGAUUCUGACGAGGAAUAUAUGAACGAUUAUGUAGAUGUCGAUUUCAGUCUGUGCGAAGAGAACAAUUUACGUGUUGGAGCUUAUAACAUUGUUUUUGCGCAUCCAGAGACUUUGAUUUCCAGUAAAUAUGGACGGGAAUUAUUGCUGAGCAAUAUCUACCAAGAGAAUGUUGUUGCUAUUGUCGUAGACGAGGCUCAUUGUAUAGUGGAAUGGGGGAAAGACUUUAGGAAAGAUUACGGAAAACUGGGAGUAUUAUGUGCAUUGUUCCCAGAUGUCCCAUGUCUUGCCAUGACUGCAACAGCUAAUAGGAUGGACAUGAAGGCUAUUCAGGACUCACUUGGAUUGAAAAAUUGCAUUUCUAUUGUUGCCAAUCCAGAUAGGAAAAAUAUUUUUUACAGUAAAAUAUUUCGAUCUGGACAAGACAUUGAUGCUGUCAAGUCUAUUUUGGAGCCAAUUGCAAUUGGUCUUCUCCAAGAAAAGAAUCAAUAUCCUUUAACAAUUCUGUAUACACCCUUAAAGAUAUGUGGAUUUGCAUAUAAAUUGUUUGAGCAUAUUCUUGGUCCCCAACAGUAUUACCCUCCAGGUGCUAAACCAACCCCAUCAAAUAGGUUGUUUGCUCAGUUCCAUGCACCACAAACUGACCAAAUGAAAGAAGAGAUUUUGAAACAGCUUUGCUCAAAAAGAAGUAUUAUUCGGGUGGUUUUUGCAACUGUUGCCAUUGGAAUGGGUGUGGACAUACCUAAUAUACGUCAGGUGAUUCAUGUUGGACCUCCAUAUUCAGUCAAGGCAUAUUUUCAAGAGACUGGGCGUGCUGGAAGGGAUGGCAAGCCAUCAACAGCUAGCCUAUAUUACAAUAACAGAGAUAUUGGUAAGAAGAGUUGA